AAUCAAAAAAGUCUUUUUGCAAAGAAUUGGAAACUGUUUACGUACGAGAGAGGACUUUUCGAACCAUGAAUUCCGAACAGUUUCGUGCGGCGGGGGCGAAAAUGGUGGACUACGCGAUCGAGUACAUGGAGACGAUCAAUAAGCGGGAACCCCUCCCGCACGUCGUGCCCGGCUGGUUGGCGAAGGUCAUGCCGCCACAAGCCCCCGUCAAGGGCGAACCUUUCGAAAACAUUUUCAACGACUUUGAAAAGGUCGUGAUGGAAGGGACAACCCACUGGAUGCAUCCCCAAUUCGCGUCUUACUUUCCAGCAGGAAACACGUGGCCUUCCAUCCUUGGAGCGAUCUUGUCCAAUGCAGUCGGUGUGAACGGGACGACUUGGGAAUCCUGCCCCGCCGUGACUGAGCUUGAAAUGAUCAUGGCCGACUGGGUGGGGAAGAUGAUGGGAAUCCCCAAAUUCUUCUGGACCGUGUUCUCCAAUCCGGAGACGGAGGGGGGCGGCUGUAUCCAAACGUCCGCGUCCGACGCCAUCCUUCUCGGCAUGAUUUCCGCUCGGGAGGACUGUGUGCGGUCACUCAGAAUCAAGUAUCCCAACGUCCCGCGUGCCGUCCUGCUCAAUCGGAUGGUGGCUUAUCGGUCGAGCCAGUGCCAUUCUUCGGUGGAACGGGCUGGGCUUAUCGGUUACAUGCGAGUCCGACCUCUGCCUGCGGACGAGUUGGGGAACGUGCGAGCCAGGACGUUACGAGAGGCCAUCAAGGAGGACAUGAAGAACAGUUUGAUCCCGUAUUUGUACGUGGCCGUGCUGGGGUCGACGGGAACUUGUGCGUUUGACGACUUGAUGGAAAUUGGACCCGUUUGUCAAGAUUUUGGAAUGUGGCUGCACGUGGAUUCGGCGUAUGCGGGGAGUUGCUAUGCCUGUCCGGAGAUGCGAUACUUGUCCAAGGGCAUGGAAUACGCCUGGUCCCUCAAUACCAACAUGAACAAAUGGAUGCUGACCAACUUUGACCUUUCCUUCCUCUGGCUGCGCUACAGGGAAAAAUUGGCCGGCCCCAUGACCGGCUAUGACGAUACCAGGAUCCAUACGCCCUACUGGCCCAUCAUCGAGUUGAAGUACUUUGGGACUCCUGCGACACGACGCUUUCGUGCCCUCAAGAUGUGGUUCGUCCUCCGAAAUUAUGGAAUCAGCGGCAUGCAAAAGUACCACCGGAACCAUAUCCUCCAGUCGAAAGUGUUUGAGCGGUACGUGGAGAGGGACGAGCGUUUCGAGGUGGUCGGUCCCACACGCGUCGGCCUCUGCUGCUUCCGCCUCCGAGGGACGAACGACAUCAAUAACAAGCUCCUCGAGGCCAUCAACGCUUCCCGUCGACUGCACAUGGUCCCGUCCUACUUUCACGAAAAGUUCGUCAUCCGUUACGCCCCCGUGUACCAAUUCUUGACGGAGGAGGAUGUCGCGACCUCUUGGCGAAUCACGGACGAAUUUGCGACGGCCAUGAUCCACCAGUACAUCCGGGACGGGACGGACGCCGCCUUGUUGAAACCGCUCUUUGACCUGCAAGCCUACUACGACGAGCAGCACAAGGCGCACCCCGACGAGCAGUGGGACAGGGAGGAAACCGCCGCCGAGACUUUCGUCACGUCGCACGAACAUGAAAAGAUUGUCGACUUUUUCGCCAUGUCGGCCAAAGACGGGAGUUACGGGGACGCUGGGGACGACGAGGACAAGACGUACGACGGUUAUUUGAAAAGCCAUCCGGAAGCUUUGCGGCGUGAGGAGAUUCGAGGCCAGCCAAAAGUCACGGACAAAGUCCCGUCCAUGCUGAGGAUGGAGAUCAGGGAGAAAGCGGCGAAAAAGUAGAAAACAGAGGAACGGAAAUCAAAAUUUUCAAUUUUUCAAGAAAAAAACGGAUAAAAAUUGUAUUGUUUCAAAAUUCUAUUCCGCGAGGGAAUCAUUUGUGGGUGUAUUUGAUGUAUGUAACGUAUUUCGAAAUUUGUACAAAUUGAAUUUUUAUUAGCCGGAUGAAAAAUAAUAUAAAAAUAAAAUUGCAUUUUAAAAAUUA